AAUAUAAAUAAAAGGAAUAAUAAAACAAAGACCCUAUCUCUUCUUCUUCGAAAAACAAACCCAAAAUCCAAAAACAAGGGGAUAACCCAAAACCCUGCUUCCUUCCUUCAGCCUCUUACCCCGAACAAACAUAAAGGAAAGAAAAAUGGCAGCCUCUUCGGCCAUUUUCUCCACUUUUAUCUCGCCUCAAACGGCGCCGUUCUCAGCCAAAUCCUCGUCUUCUUCGUCUUCUUCGUCUUCUUCUAUGCGUCUCCUUCUUCCAACUAACGUGCGCAUGGUACGAACCAUGACUCUGGCCAUGGCUUCACAGCCCGCCACUGGUCCCCGACCGCUACGUGGAAUCAUGAAGCCGCGCCGUGUGUCGCCUGAGAUGCAGGCUCUCGUCGGAGUCCCCGAAAUUGCCCGAACUGAAGCUCUUAAGCUGAUUUGGGCUUACAUUAAAGAGCACAGUCUUCAGGACCCUGAAAACAAGAGGAUUAUAAUUUGUGAUGAGAAGCUGAAGAAGAUAUUUGGAGGGAAAGAUCGUGUUGGAUUUCUUGAAGUUGCUGGGUUGAUUACUCCUCACUUUCUUUGAUGCUCCCAGAGAGAAAGAUUCAGUUUGCAAAAUACGAAACAACCUCUGUUUAUGGGGCGUAUUUUGAAGAUGUUGAAGAAAACCAUGCCUUUUGCAUCCUUCAAUUACCAGUAGUUUUAACAUUACUACUUGCGUUCACCGAGUGCCUUUAAGUUUUUUGUUUCUGGAUUUCCUAAUAUGUAGACUGUUUUAUGCAAAUAUUCUUAGUGCCUUCAAAGCUUAUGCAUGUUAUUUUGCAGUAGC